UUUUUGGGCAACCAGAAUUGAUUCAUGUUGUGUUUUGCCUUCAUUAUUUUUCUGAGUACAUUCUCUUCGUCUCAAUCCGCACCUUUGACAGGGCCUUUAAUCAACUAUUUUUGAACUUCAAAUCUUCACCACGAUCCUUUCCACUUGGCCUGGUGCUCCAUUUUAAAUCGUCAACCCCAGAUAUCUUUCCUCUUCUCUCACGACACACCGAACCCACCAAUAUUAUAUCACAAUGCGGACUUCAAGUUUGUUAUGGCCGGCACUGUUGGCCCAGAAUGCGAUUGCUAUUACUGUUGACACCACCUCGGCUGACUCAUUGAAGAGUGCGGCAAGCACCGUAGCCCACGGACUGAUGAGUUUCUACAACGGAAACGACACAGGAAUGACUCCAGGGCUACUACCACAACCAUAUUUCUGGUGGGAAGCUGGAGGAAUGUUCAUGACUAUGAUCGACUAUUGGUCCCGGACUGGGGAUUCAUCAUACAACGACUUGAUCACACAAGCCUUGCUAUUCCAAGCCAGCGAUAAUCGGGAUUACAUGCCGGUGAACCAAACCAAAGACGAAGGAAACGACGAUCAAGGGUUUUGGGCCAUGGCAGCAAUGCUCGCUGCAGAGACGAAUUUCCAGAAUCCCCCUCCGGACCAACCGCAGUGGCUAGCUCUCGCGCAAGCAGUUUUCAACGAGAUGGCAACCCGGUGGGAUACCUCGAGCUGCGGUGGUGGUUUGAGAUGGCAGAUCUUCCAAUUUAACAACGGCUUCACCUACAAGAAUAGUAUUGCGAACGGUUGCUUCUUCAACCUGGGAGCUAGGCUAGCCCGCUACACCAGCAACGAUACCUACGCCCAAUGGGCGGAGAGGAUCUGGGACUGGGAAGCAGCAACUGGGUUAAUCGAUACCUCCUACAAUGUGUUCGAUGGCGCAUCCGUCACCGACAACUGCACGGGAACCACUCGUCUGCAAUGGACCUACAACUCCGGCAUCUUCCUCCACGGAGCAGCCAACAUGUUCAACUACACCAAAGGCUCUCAAACCUGGCAAGAACGCACUGCCGGCCUCCUCAAAAACGCAAACAUCUUCUUCACAAACAGCAUCAUGGAAGAGCAAGCCUGCGAGACGGUCGGAACCUGCGACACGGACCAGCUCUCCUUCAAAGCCUACUUCACGGCCUGGCUAGCCCAGACCACUGCCCUAGCCCCCUUCACCUUCACAACCAUCGCGCCGCUCCUCGCUGCCUCAGCGAAAGCCGCUGCAGCAGCAUGUUCUGGGGGCAACCAAGGCACAACCUGCGGCUUCAAGUGGACUACAUCUUCCUAUGAUGGCACUACGGGAGUCGGGCAGCAGAUGAGCGCGCUGGGCGCUAUCAACUCGGCGCUGAUCCAGAUCCCGCAGGCGAAAGCUGUGGUUCCGGUCACGAACAGUACCGGAGGAACGAGUAUCGGGAAUGCGGCAGCGGGGAUCACGGCUCCUGGGAUUGGGAUGAGUCAAGCGAUGGAUCGGUCGGCGCCUAUCGAGACGAAAGACAAGGUUGCGGCCGGCUUCCUCACCUUUGCGGUGGUGGGAGGUGUUCUUGGUGGGAGUGUGUUUAUGGCUUUAGAGAGCUAGAAUUCCUUUGCAUGAUUUUUUGUAUUUCUUGUGUUGAGCAUGGGAGUACCCCUCUUUUGGUUUUUGAGCAUGGCGUGGGCGUUUUGGGCGCACGGAGGAGAUUGAAAUCUAUGUGUAUAGACGGAUACUGUGGUGCUGACUGCAUGCAUGCAUGCAUGAUUUUGGAUCUGAGAUCUAAACACAUGAAGGCGCUGGUUGUGUGGUGCCAAGAAAAGUACUCCUGAGUCUCUAGGUUUGGGGAAUACAACUUUCGAGCAUUGAAAGUCUCUUCAAGUGCAGCAAACCAAGAACGGGCAAUGUAAAUGAAGCUCCUGGACUUUUCCG